AUGGAUUUCGUAAAUAGGGAUCUGAAGGACGGCAACCUAGAAGACGAAAAGGAGAGAGCGCACCGCAUGAGCGCCCUUCACAAGCGGAGUGCAGAUCGACUUCGAGAGAUGCUGAGCAAGAAUGGAGGCAUUUACAUCAAACUGGGACAACAUCUUGCCAGUUUGAAAUAUCUACUGCCGGAUGAGUGGACUACUGCCAUGGAACCUCUUCAGGACCGCUGCACGCCAUCCUCCAUCGAAACCAUCCAGGCGCUCUUUCAUUCAGAUCUAGGCCAACCCAUGUCCGAGUUCUUUUCUUCAUUUGAUCUGGAGCCCAUUGGCGUAGCAUCAUUAGCUCAAGUGCAUAGGGCUAGACUACUGGAUGGUCGGGAGGUAGCGGUCAAAAUUCAGCACCCAGCUUUGACCGAAUUCUCGACCAUCGAUAUCAAAACUGUGGCGGCACUCACGAACUUUAUCGCCUACGUCUUCCCGGAAUUCGAAUUCACUUGGCUGAGCGAUGAGAUGCAGACCAGCUUACCCAGGGAACUCAACUUCAAUAUCGAGGCCGCCAAUGCUGCCCGUGUAGCCGCCAACUUUGACCAGGCCCGCGCAGAGGGGAGUAAAUCGACCAUCAAGAUCCCAGAUGUCAUUUGGUCCCGGAAACGAGUCCUUGUCAUGGAAUUCAUGACUGGGUCUAGGAUCGAUAACCUGCCAUAUCUCAAAGCCAACAACAUCAAGGUGUCCGAAGUCUCGAACGAGAUGGCUCGGACGUUCUCUCAAAUGAUCUACAAGGAUGGAUUCGUUCAUUGCGACCCACAUCCCGGCAAUGUCAUGAUUCGCCCCACGCCACCUGGAUCACCCUCUCCACGCAACUUUGAGAUCAUCCUUCUGGAUCAUGGACUCUACCGAGAACUCACACCCGAGUUCCGGCUGGACUAUGCGCACCUAUGGACCGCCAUCAUUGCGUCAGAUGAGGAGGAGAUCAAAUACCGUGCCUUGAAACUCGGGGGAACGGAUGCAUACCAGCUUUUCUCCAGCAUUUUGACAGGUCGCGACUGGUCCGUGGUUCAGGAUGCGCAGCUCACAAGAAGGGCACGCAGCAAGGAUGAGAUAGUCAUGUUAGCGGGCGACGUUUCAGGGAACAAGAUUGCCGAUAUUGCAGGUAUCCUGGCCAAGGUGCCCCGAGAUCUUCUGUUGCUGUUCAAGACAAACGACCUUCUUCGCGCUCUGGACGAGGAUUUGGGUGCGGACGAUGGGUCGCAGAUGAGGACGUUUGCGGUCAUGGGUCAGUACUGUGCGCUUGCGAUCUAUGAGGCUGACAAGUCUGUGAUCCGAUCAAGGUUGGAGUCUUCAAAAUUGACGAUAUCGGAUCUGACGAGGACUUUGCGUUCGUGGAUUACGGCAUACUGCGGAUUCCUUUAUACAACAUUGUCCUUGGAUAUAUUUGUCUGGUGGAUCGAUCUCGAGCAGUCAAAUUCGCUUUUGUACCAGAUCCUGUCGCGCUUUGGAUGGCUCUUGCAUUGA